AUGCACAGGCAGUUCAACUUUCAUGUGGAAGUCAAUGAUGUGAGCAGUAUGUUACAAUGCUGUCAUCCUUUAUCGCCGCUCUGCGCUUAUGCGGUAUUCACUGUGAUCGGUUUCUUUGGAAUUUUCGUGGAUGUUAAAUACUGUGAGUCGAAAUGCACAGAUCAACCUGAUGGUAUUCACCAUACUUACCAGAUUGAAGAAGAAACGCCUGUGCCCAUUCACAUAGGUGAUCUGACAGCCGAUAUUUGUUUCGACAACGUAAACGGCACUGAAUCUUUUCCAAGCACCAUGCGCAGGUUCAUAAUAUUCCCUUCCACACAACCAUACUUCAGCUAUUUUGAAAUUCGUCAGGCCAAAUUCCGUAGCAAUUUAGAUGGAACUCAACGGACAAUUUUCAAACAGUAUCUCAUUCUCGUUCGUUCGAUCGAUCGGGAGGUAAUGUGUGAUCAUUCCAUUGUGGACUGGACGUCUUCAACUGAGGGUCCAAAUUCAGCACUACUCAGCUAUCGAAAUUCCCAUUGCUUAUGUGAAAGUAGUUCCGGCCUAUGUACAAUCCACCUACACUUGCUGUUACAACUGGCACCCGUGGUGGACAGUAAUACGAAUCCGCAAAUCAGACCGUACACGCUUUCGGAUAACAAUGAAUUUAUCACCGUGCAACUAAAUAUUAUAGACAUAAAUGACAAUACACCUUCAUUUCAACCGUCAGAAUAUACUUUGUUCGUGAGUGAAUCUGAGGGACCGGGCAGUAAAUUCCGGCUUCCUUCAGCCGUGGACAGGGAUCUUGGUAGAAAUGCUAGGGUUUCUUAUGAUCUUUUUUAUCUCAACCAUUCCAUUUCACAGCAUUCAAAAAACCUUUCGAUUCCAAGUUUACUGGAAAGCAUCGACAUUUUAGAUAAUGGGCAACCAACUUUUUUGCUGGAAAUGAUGGACUACUCUGACGAGCUCUUCCUAAAAUUGCAGUCAAAACUGGACAGAGAAAUGAGAUCUUCGUACCAAAUCAUGAUAACAGCAACGGAUCAAGCGCCGGUACGUCAGAAAACGGGACAUUUGCUCCUUCAUGUAAUAGUGGAAGAUGUGAACGAUUCCCCUCCAAAAUUUGAGAAAAGCAUUUAUGUGUUCCAUGUACACGAGUCUACAUCUCCAGGCUCGAAGGUUGGUGGCGUUCACGCAGAUGAUGAGGAUUCUGGGGCGAACGGGGAAGUAACUUAUCGUCUACUUCAGUCCUUUUUUAACGGAUCUUGUCGGCACACCUGGAAAAACCGUUUCCGGAUUGAUGCAGGGACCGGCGUGAUUAGAGUUCACAGUCCGCUUGAUAGGGAGCAAGAUCUAAAAUUAGUUUUUCAGGUGGAAGCUGUAGAUCAUGGGCAGCCUGAGCGUUCUGCAACAACCAAAGUGAUAAUUUUUCUUCUAGACGAUAAUGAUAAUAGCCCUUCAAUUAGAGUGUGGGGAAAACACGUGUUGACGAACCCGAAUGGCUUAGUUGGUUGCAGUGAUCCCGAUGCUUGCUCCCUUUUGACUGCUGGCGUACAAAUGCAACUAACUAUUUGGGUGACAGAAUGGCUGAAGCCAGGUUCGGUGGUAGCAUUUUUGGAGAGCUGGGACUUGGACGAACUGGAACGCGGUAAUGUGUCUUGUUCGGUUAACAAUGGCGAAUACCUAUUGCAGCAUGUCCAAGAGCUACUUAUGGGUAAUAGUGUUCUUGUUAGGCAGUCUGCGAGCAACAAAUCUGGCGAUCCUUGUGCCAUUCUUUCAUCGAAACAAAGUUCAAAAUUUUAUCAGCUUGUAAAUUCGCGUAUUAUGGAUUGGGAAAUGAAGCCACACAUUUACAUCCCGAUAGUUUGUCAUGACGCUGAUAAGGUACUGCCACGAUCAUCAACUCUCCUGCUUCAAAUAUCCGUGAAGGACGAAAAUGACAACGCACCCAUUUUCAACUUGCCUGUUAUUGUCUCCCCGGCAAUAUGGAUAAACAAACAUGACUGGUUGCCAAAUGUACCUGAAGAAAAACGUGGUCCAUUGAAAAGCCUGACUCCUUUUCAAAAGGAAAUCAAAAUCGUUGUCCCCGAAACGCUACCCCCAAACACAACGCUUGCCUAUUUCUCAGGAUAUGAUGCCGAUGAUUCUCAAAACAGCGAACUGCUUUUUCAGAUCAGUUUGGAUGAACGAAGUGGAUUUGCACCUCCAUCGACUGAUGUACAUCAUUUACUGACUCCCGGGAAGGGGUUCUUAUCCAUCAGCGGGAUAACCGGCAGUUUGCUUAUUACAUCUUCAUUGCUAAGUGCACCAGCUCACCAGUGGCACAACUUUAAGGUAAUUUUAAGUGACAAAGGCGAACCUGCCUUGACAACCAGCCUUCCAAUUUCAGUAUGGAUUCAAACUGUUAAUCAGCAUCCACCUGAAAUCCUGAUUGACGUAGAGUUUCAUAGUGGAAUUCAGCACCCUGAAAAUCGCACUAGCUCUUCAAAUAUCAUAAAAAUUAUGGAAAAUGAACCCCCAGGCACAGCAGUCUGUCGUCUAAAGGUGAUUGAUUUUGAUCGUCAGGAGGCUGGACGUGUUAGUUUUUGGUUGGCAGGAGUAUAUAAAGUAGAACAUAACGCGACCACAGCAAUACACGAAAGCCCGUUUUUGCUCAACAAUAGAACAGGUUUGGUAACAACCACGCGUUUUCUUGACCGGGAAGGAGAUGGGGACGAGAUUAUUUUGCAUAUUUACGCUCAGGAUUACGGAACACCGAUGAAAACUACGCUGAAGAAUAUAUCUGUACGUAUUUUAGAUAUGAAUGACCACACUCCCAUCUUUCUAAUGCCAUUGAAGCCCUGCUUCAAUGGUUUGGUUACCGCGGACCCAGAGUCAAACAAUCAAUUGUUUAUCUUGAAUGGGAAUUUCACUUAUGAACACACUGUUCCCCAUUUCUUGUCCGGUGACUCAGCGUCAAUUCCUGGUGUUUUAUUUAGAGCUCGUGACGCCGAUAUAGGACAAAAUGGAGCCGUAUCUUAUUCAAUCAUUCCUAGUUGUCUGUCUUCAACGGACGUUUCACGAGCAAAGCAAUUUUUAACACUUAACAACAGAAGUGGCUGUCUAGUUCCGAAUAAGCAGCUUAUUGAUCAGGACCUACCAACCGUGUUUCAUUUUCGACUCAUGGCUCAUGACAGUGAUGUUGGUCGACAUCUUUGGUCGGCCCUGGAAUUAGUAGUGUCCGCAAGACUAACCAACAACACCAGUUUAACUCUGGAGAUCUCAGGAUACCCAGGAUCAGUCCACUGUGAAAUCCAACCCCAGGGUCAAUAUGGCCAAGAAAAUCGGGUUCAAACUAUUCAUGAACUAACCCCCUUAAUGCGCGCUUUGCUAAGCGUUACCGUAAUGGCAGGAGCAAUGGUGGUGACGGUCGUCAUAUUUGUGCUUGUGAAACGCCCUGGUUGGAUAAUUGGACGAAACUAUUUAUUUGAGGCGUCGCAGAAAGUGAAGAUUGACAUCUUUCAGUGCCGUACGGUGCACAAUGAAAUCGACGCAUGGCCUCCGAAUUUCCUGCCAUUAGAUCAACAGGUACGCACGAACGGGGGCGAUGAUAAAUGCGUCAUUCAGUUGGAGACGAAAUCACCUGGAAGCAUAACAAAUGCAAUGCAGUUUCAAAUAAACCCACAAGAAAACUCUGGCACUGUCAUGGAUAGUGAGCGACUUGACCAACGCAAGCGUUGUCAAUCGGUGGAGGUAAUUACCUAUCCUGUGCACAUCCAUCGGGAACCAAGUCCGAUCACCUCACGCGUUGUUUAUCAACAGGACUUCCUGAAGAAAACAGCGGAUGACCCUACGUUUUUGAAAUGCCCCGUUUACUUGGAUCCAUUUGAUGAGCGUCUUGUUCAACUCAUUAGUCACAAGGACUACGACAAAUGUGUAAGUUCUACAGUUUCAAACGACACAUCUCCCAUUGUGUCAAGCAACCAAUACAUAAAGUAAUAACAUCUCAGAGAAUCACUUGCAAAUCCAUCGGUAUAUCAGUUAUUUUCCACGAAUAUGCAUGUAUCGUUAUUCAAUACAAACCGGGGAAAGCUGUAAUUCA